AGUCGGGACCCGUAGGGAGAGGCGGGGAGCUGGUGGUGGCGGCUGUGGCGAAACUGCGCGGUGGCAGCAGACGGGUUGGCCCUGCAGCGGCUCGCUCAGGCAGUGGGUCGUCCCUGCAGCUACCGAGAAGGGAGAAAACGACGACGCAGCGAGCAAACGUGGCAGAGCAGGGAGGAGGGGAAGGGAUUCUGGAGGCAGCCGGCGUCUCCUUUAUCGAAUUUCUCUUGGCCUUCGUCAGUUUAUCGUAACCUAAAAUGCAUGGUCAUGGAGGCUAUGACUCUGAUUUUAGUGAUGAUGAACACUGUGGAGAAUCUAACAAAAGGAAAAAAAGGGCAAUUGAAGAUGAUUUACUGCUCAAAAAACCAUUUCAGAAAGAAAAACAUGGAAAGGUGGCCCAUAAACAGGUUGCAGCAGAAUUGCUGGAUAGGGAAGAAGCAAGAAAUAGAAGGUUUCAUCUCAUAGCUAUGGAUGCUUAUCAAAGGCAUACAAAGUUUGUCAAUGACUAUAUUUUGUACUAUGGUGGCAAGAAAGAAGAUUUCAGGCGAUUGGGGGAAAAUGACAAGACAGACAUGGAUGUUAUACGAGAAAAUCAUAGAUUCCUAUGGAAUGAGGAGGAUGAAAUGGACACGAAUUGGGAGAAGAGACUUGCAAAGAAAUACUAUGAUAAAUUAUUCAAGGAAUACUGCAUAGCAGAUCUCAGUAGAUAUAAAGAAAAUAAGUUUGGAUUUAGAUGGCGAGUAGAAAAAGAAGUAAUUUCAGGAAAAGGCCAGUUUUUCUGUGGAAAUAAAUAUUGUGAUAAAAAAGAGGGCUUAAAGAGUUGGGAAGUUAAUUUUGGUUAUAUUGAGCAUGGUGAAAAGAGAAAUGCACUUGUUAAAUUAAGGUUAUGCCAAGAAUGUUCCUUUAAAUUAAAUUUUCAUCACAGGCGAAAAGAAGUCAAGUCAAAAAAAAGAAAAGAUAAAAUCAAAAAAGAUUGUGAAGAGUCAUCACAUAAGAAAUCCAGAUUGUCUUCUGCAGACGAAACCUCUAAGAAAAAGGAUAAAGGACAUUCAUCGUCAAAGAAAUCAGAAAAUUCUGUAAAUAGAAACCCUGAUGAGAAAGAAAGUACUUCAGAAUCUGAACUUUGGAAGGGCCCACUACCAGAGACUGAUGAAAAAUCACAGGAAGAAGAAUUUGAUGAGUAUUUUCAAGAUUUAUUUCUGUGACUUGGAAGAGAAAAGCCUACAUUCCUUAAUGUGAAAGUACACUUUGAAACUCUUUAAAAAGUUUUAUCUUCAAGUUGCAGCUUGAGUGGUUUGUCUUGGGAAAUAAAAAUUCGGCCACUCUCAAGAUGUCAGAUGCUUUGGAAAUUCAUUAGUUGUGUUGGAGAUACUUUUCCCCAUCUUUCAGUUACUUAUCUACAACUGUGUUCCUGCAGCUCCUAGAUGAUGGAGCUAGUACAGUGUACAGAGAUUCCAUUGUUCCUUUAUUUCGUAGCAUUUUUUUUUUUCACUGAUUCACAUUUCUCUUCCCUUGCCUCAAUUAGUUAAAAUUAUAAAGUAGAUUAAGUAUAUCAUCAAUUUUUUUCCUUUGAUAUACUGACAUCUUCUUGUGAGCACCUAUUUUCCCCAUUACCACCUAUUUCUAGCUGCUUUUUUUUUUUUUUUACCUUUCUCUUACUUCUUACCCCUACCACUUAAAGGAGUUUGUUAGACUCAAAUUUGACUUUCCAGUAUGUGGGUCAUUUAUUAUAGAGUAAAUUAAUACCACAGGGAGCCAAAUGAGCUCUAAAACAGGAUGUGUUCACAAAAGUUGACUCUCCAACAGAGCUUAUGCAAUAAGAUAAUUUAAAGGCAUAAUAUCAUUUGCAUAGAGCUUAUCUCAAAUAUAGUUAUGCAAAUAUGGAUAUACUUACAUGCAGGGAUAUAUUAUAAAAUGUUACUUCUUAACUCAGGGUCCAUACCCCCAAGAGGUCUAAGCACUCCUAGAAUAUGUGUACAUGUCUGUGGCUAUAUUUGGUUUUUUUUGGGAAAGGGUUCAUAGUUUUCACUGAAUUUUCUAAAAGAUUUAUUGAUUUCAUUUUGAAGGGUAAAAACCCACUUUUAUAAAGAGCAAAGAGGUGGAUAGAGGAGAAGAUGCAUGAUUUUUAAAUGGUUAGUAUCAGAGAUUUUCUUUUUAUUAAAUUGUUAUUAUUAAUUCCGUAACUAUUUUUCAGGCUUCUGUUAUGUGUAAGUCAUUGUGCUGGACAUUGCUACAAAGGAACUGUCUAGGAAGUAAUUAUACAGUCUUUCUAAACUAUCAGAAAACAAUAAAUCAGUGUUGGUUUAUUAAUGUUAAA